AUGUCUCAGAAACAGAUGGAAAGGAAGGGCUUUCGGCAGCGAUCCCCUCCUUUCCUCAAAUACUUGCAGAGCAUCCUGCGCAAAUACCCUGACGGAGGUCAGAUCUUAAAAGAACUGGUCCAGAACGCGGACGAUGCGGGUGCCACGGAGGUGACCUUGCUCUAUGAUGAACGGACAUUUGGAACCGAGAGGAUUUUCUCGGAGGGCCUGGCGAGUGCCCAAGGUCCUGCGCUUCUUGCUUACAACGAUGGCCUGUUUUCCGAGGCGGACUGGGAUGGGAUCCAGAGUCCCGGCCUGAGUCACAAAGUCGACGACCCCUCUACCGUCGGGCGUUUUGGCUUGGGCUUCAAUUCGGUUUACCACAUCACAGAUUUCCCCUCUAUGCUCUCUGGUCAAUGGCUGGGAGUGCUGGACCCACAGCAAACAGCAUUGAAGGACGGCGGGCAGCUUUGGAGCUUGGACGAGUGGGAAGAGGCAUCCGACCAGUUCCGGCCUUUCUGGGCAGCGCUGAAAUCACUAGGCCGGCCUUGCCCACCCCCCGAGGGCUACUUCCCGGGCACCUUGUUCCGCUUCCCCUUACGCCACACUCCCUCGGGGAUCUCGGAAAAUCUCUACAGCCAGCAACGGGCCCAGGCGCUGCUGCUCGCGUUCUUGGAGGAUGCCCCCGUCAGCUUGCUGUUCCUCAGGAGCGUCCGGCGGCUCACACUGGGCGUCAUCGGGUGCGACGGCUCCAUCAGCGAGCUGCUGAGGGCUGAGGCAACUCACCGUCCUCUCGAUGGGCCAAACGGGGGCCCCGGCAACCCAAGUUGCGCUCAGCUGGAGACUCUGGUCAACAUCACCACGCUUGACCUGAGCGGCGCUGGGAUCGGACAGAGCACCCGCAAGGAUUGGCUGGUUUUGUCCGCUGAGGCUAAAAAGGGUGCCUUUCCAGAAGUCUGGGAUCUCGUGGAGUCGGUCAGCUCCCAGCCGGCCUUGUCCUUGGCUUACCCCUUGCAAGGAGGGUGCGCCGGCCGCCUCAGCUGUGUCCUGCCUCUCCCGGCGACGGAGGAGAACGCCACCGGCCUGCCGCUGCAUAUCAGCGCCCCUUUCCAGCUGACGGACGACCGGAGACACGUGCAGUGGUCUGAAGAGGGGUCCCGGGCACGGGGAGGGGAUGCCCGUUGGAACCAUCUGCUGAUGGAAGAGAUGCUGCCAGUUGCUUACUGCCAGGUCCUGGUUCUGGCAUCAGGGUGUUCGAGCGACCCAUACGGGGCAUGGCCGGACCCAGGUGAAUGCCAGCAGCUCCGGUACAAGGCCCUGGUGGUCCGGAUAUGCCAGAGACUGAUGGACAUGAAACUUUUGGUACGGGCGGGAGAUGGGGAUCCCCGUUUCCUGCUUCCCCGAGAGUCUGUCCUCUUGCCAGAGAAGGUGAUGGAGAAACCGAUCGGCCGGGCACUGGAGAAAGCCCUGGUCUUGGCCGGGUCGCUGGUGGCGGUUGCCCCUCCCCAUGUUCGUCGAGCCUUGGCAGCCAGUGCCAAAGGUGGGGGAGGAGUUCGAGAAGCGACCGCAGGAUUUGUGCGAGAGGUCCUGCAAAAGGCUGAUCACAUGUGGAGCCAGAUGUCUGACCUGGAGAAACUGCUGUUGUUGGAGUACAUGGUCGGAGACGGGUGCUACCCGGCACUGAAAGGUCUACCACUGAUUCCCCUGGCAAAUGGGCACUUUGCCAGAUUUGGAGAUUCUGCGGAGAUUGUGUUUGUCGAGAGCUGUAACUUCCCCAGGAUCCUGUUGCCUGGCCUGGCUCACCAGUUUCUACCCCAGGAUCUGAACCCUGAGCUGCUGAAGCAUCUGCAAGCCAUUGUGGACCAAGGGUUGUUUGGAAAUCUGGUCACCUUGAACUGCCAUGUCAUUGAGCAGAACAUUUGGGCGGCUCUCCCCAAGGACUGGGACAGAAGUAACUCAACCCCUGUGACUUGGUGCCCAAAAGAGACCCCUAAACAACCCCCUCUGGAGUGGCUGACUGCUUUCUGGACUUUCCUGAAUUGCUAUGCUUCCUCCCUGGUGCCCUUCAGGGGCUGCCCGCUGAUACCGUUGACUUCUGUGCACAGUUUCCCCAAUGGCAUUAAGCUUGCACGGCUUCUGCCUCAGCCCACCCUGAUGUUCCGGAGCCGUGACAGGUACACUUUGUCAGAGGAAGCGGCCAGCAUUCUGGAGUCGCUGGGGUGCACUGUGAUCCAGAGCUGGGAACCAGACUGGUGCCACCGCCAACUGAACGAGUACAUCCUAGAACCCGUGCCUGGCUGUGCCCUUCAGGUUUUUGCCCACUUAGGGGUGUCGUCUGUGGCUGACCGCCUGGCGCUUCUGCCCGCACGCCAAAUCGAAAGCUUGAGUGCGUUUCUCUCGACGGCCACGGCGCUCUCCCGAGAAGAAGCCGACGUCCUAAGAGGAUUGCCGCUCUUCUUCAAGAUGCCGUCCCUCCUGCCGCCCAGCCCACCUGGCUUGGUGCCAGCCCAGAACCACCCGGCUUUAGAAAAGAACCUGGUCCCGCCGGUGCCGGAAGGCCUGUGGACUCCACAACCUGUGUUCCUGUGCCGUAGCGAAGCCGAACGCCGCCUGCUUUUGCAUCUCCAGGUAAACCUGCUGGGAGCACCAGAUCUGGGUGUUCUGUGCAUCAGAGCCGUGAAGGCGGGGGCGUAUGCCAGCCGGGCACGAGAAGGCCAAGAAGUCAUGUUGUGGAUUCUGCACAACGCCGACACCCUCUUCAGCCAGAGCGGAGAACUGCAAGCGUCGUGCCGGGACUUGCCCUUUCUAGAUUGUGGGUCUGCGGAGUUGGCCCGGCCCAGUGACCUUUAUGACCCAGACAACCCUACUUUGCGGGCCUUGUUGAAACCACACCGCUUUCCCAGGGAGCCCUUCCUUGAACCGUUGACCCUGCGGGCCCUCCGUGCUCUGGGGCUGAAAUCCGACCUCCCCGCCGUCUCUCCAGCCGAUGCACUGCUGGCUGCACAGGACGUGAGUCAACUACAAGAGGCUGCAGCUGCCGGCGCCAAAUCAGGGGCCCUGAUCCGGGUCUGCAACGAGACCCCUCUACUCUCACGCUUGUCUUCGCAGGAGCUGAAGAGGCUGCAGGGCCUGGCUUGGGUGCCUGCCGUCAACCCCUCCGCGCUCGAGCCGUCCGAAAGCUUAAUGGCACCUGAAACCCUGCGCUCGGGGAAAUACGCCGCUCUUGUAGGGCAGGUCAUGGGACUGACAAAUGCUUUCUGCCCACAAGCCGCAACGGCACUGGGGCUGGAUCAGCCGCCUCCCCCAGAGAAGGUGGGAGAUAAUCUAGCUUGCCUGGCACGGGGCUAUUCCCCUGAAGGGACUGUAGUGUUAAUGUCACAGCUGCACAGCAUCUAUCAGUACAUGCAGCAGCAGCUGCGGGACUUCCAGAGGCCCCCCGCGGGCCCUGUGGUGUGGAACGGGAAUGGCUUCUCGCUGCCUGCCGACGUGGUGAUGGACUACCCUGAUGGGUUGGACCUUGCGGCCCUAAUGCCACGAGUGCCCCCCGACUUCCAGCACUACCGUCAGCUCUUUGCAUCCUGGGGCGUCCGUCAGUCCCCCAACGAGGAAGAAGCGAGCCGGGCCCUGCACAAACUGGCAGAGCGCAUCAACGCCCAGCCGCAAGGUGGCACGCGUGCGGAGUUGCGCCUCGUGGUGGAUGCCUUGGAUUGGUUCCGUGCCCGAGAUUAUCGGGAACAAAGAGAGACGCUGGUCCCUGUGAACAUCCCAGGACGGGCCGGCUUCGCUCUGCGCCCAGCCGGUUCGGCACUGUACUGUGAUAUGGAUCGUGCCCGACUUGCCGACCUGGAUGGAGAGCUGCCUGCUUUGGUGCAUGAAGCCAUUCUCCCUGCCACGGCCGUGUUCUUGAACGUGGAGAUGCUGAGCACGCGGCUGUCAGGUUUGGAAUUAUUUGAGCCUUGGGGCCCUUCAGAGCCGGUCACCCUCAGGAUCCGAAACAUCCUCCGUGAAUACUGCCAGGAUGCGGAUGUGUUUCAGGAGCUGCUGCAGAAUGCGGAGGAUGCCGGCGCUAAAGUGUGCCGCUUCUUAGUGGACCUCCGGCGGCCUAAUAGCGCUACGGAAGGACUUCUAGACCCUGCUAUGGCUGCCUGUCAGGGCCCAGCGCUUUGGGCCCACAACGAUGCCCUGUUCAGUGACGCGGACUUCUCUAACAUCAUCCGACUAGGCGCGGCCACCAAGGAACGCCAGCAAGACAAAAUUGGUCGCUUUGGGCUCGGGUUCUGCACGGUGUACCACAUGACCGACGCCCCCUCGCUUCUCAGCGGCCGCACCGUACUCAUUUUUGACCCCAAUGUCACCCACCUGCGGAAGCACAUCCGCGACCCGUCCCGGCCGGGCAUCCGUUUGAAGCUGAGCCAGCACACUGCCGCUGUGUUCGCCGAGCAAUUUCAGCCUUACGGGGGCGUCUUUGGUUGUCAGGUUGGGGAGGAUUACCGAGGCACCCUCAUCCGCCUGCCCUUCCGCACUGAGCAGGAGGCCAAAGACUCUCAGAUUUGCUCCCUGCCUUUUGGACCCCAGCGAAUCGCAGCGCUGCAGUCUGGCUUCCAGGAAAUGUACCAGGACUUGCUUCUCUUCCUACGCAAGGUGCAGGAGGUAUCGCUGACCCACCUUCCUGAAGGUUCCAGCUCCCCAGAAGCAGCCCGGCAGUUGGCUACAGUCGCCAGGCGGCCGCUUGUAAGGAGGGGCGCUUCUGAAAUUGUUCGGUUGACGGCGUCGUGGGAGUCGAAGGUUGCUGCAAGUCAUUACCUGCUGCACUCCUGUUCGGGGACAGGGGAAGCCCAGAAGCUGUACCAGGAGGGAGGAAAGGAGAGUUUUAGCUUCUCGCCCCCUGAAGCCAGUGUCGCCUUGCCUCUCCGCCCUGCGAGAACUGUUGGACGUUGGGCCCCAGCUUUAAAGGGCUUUAAGGGCCGGGCCUUCUGCUUUCUGCCUCUUCCGAUAGAGUCUGGCCUUCCUCUGCACCUCACAGCGGCCUUUGCUGUGCUCAGUAAUCGCAAAGGACUGUGGGAUUCCACCGAGAAGGGUCAGUGGAACAGGGCGCUCCUUCAGCAUUCGGUGCUGGGGGCCUGGCUGGGGGCGCUGGGCCAGCUGCGAGACAUGUGCCGCGAGGGGCUGCUGGAAGGCUACGAGUACCACACCUUCUGGCCCGACGUGAGCCACGCAAAGCAUCCUUUCAGCGAGGCAGCCAAAGCUUUCUACCGAGCCUUAGUUGACGGCGUCGACGGCAAGCAGCCGAUCCUGUUCUCUGACGGCAAGAAGUGGUGCUCCGCCCAGCAUGCUUGCAUCCUAGAUGAGGACGUUCUCCGCGAGGAGCAGCUGAGACCCGUGGCGGUCAGGGUCUUCACUUCGCUCUUGUCAGAGCCAAAGAUGGCAGUGAAGCUUCCGUCCCAGGUAAAGACGAGUUUCAUAGCGAGCACCUCGGCGGGCGUCCUGUUUUCCGGCACCUACAACUGGGCCCGCUUUUUCCGGGAGCUUGUCUUUCCCCGUUUACUUCAGCUGGCUGCGCCUGACCGGGAUGCCCUGAUUCUUCAUGCCCUGGAUAGGAAGGAUGCCAGCUUGGAUGCGCUUCUGGUGUCUCAGCCUUGCAUUCCUGCAACGCCAAACCAACAGCUGAAGGACAUCAAUACGCUGGUGCACCCAGGGGGACGUGCGGCACCACUCUACAAGCCCGAAGAUGGCCGUUUCCCCACCGCUGCCGAGUUUCUGAAGCCGGAAAGGCUGCUGCGCUUGGUGCAACUUGGUAUGGCCCAAGACUGGGUCAGCAUGGAAGAACUGAUCGGCCGAGCUGGAACUGUGGCAGACUUGUGGCGCCUGGACCCCCACAAGGCCUGCCUGCGUGCCCGUCACAUCCUGGCUCUCCUGGAGGACCAUCUCCGGAAAAGCACCAGCAACGUUGCCCAAGUGGCGUUCAGAGAAAUUCCCUUCUUGCCAGCCGAGUUUCCCAGCAACCGCAGUGGAGUGUGUUGCCCCAACAGGAUUUAUCACUACAAGCUUCAGCCCCUAGUGGGCUUGGUAGAACCUGUUCUAGACAAGAAGGCCCUUGGGGAAGGCCUGACGCUCUCCCACGAACUGAAGGAAUUCUUAGGACUGAGUCGUCAGCCGCCAGUUGCCACGGUAUUAAGGCAGCUGGAAACAGCGUCGCGUGGCUCCAAUGCGCUGAAUAGGACAACGCUGGCUCAGGUGACACAAAAAUGUUAUGCCUUCCUGAAUGACAUGGUGCAGAAGAGCAGUCAGUGCAGGCUGGAAGUAUUCCAAAAGGCGCAGUCGUUUCCCUUUGUUCUGGUGGGCUCUAGCUUUGUAUCAGUUCACAAGGUGGCCCACAAGGUGACCUUUCACGCCGCUCCACACCUGUUCCAACUGCCUGAGGAAUACCUGCCGCAGAAAGAGCUGUGGGACUGCAUAGGGAUGUCCCAUACCUUUAAAGUGGAGGACUACGCUGCAGUGUUGCAAACUCUCGCCAAGAAGACAGGUGGAAAUGCUCUUUCGGAAGAGCAGCUGCACCUGGUCCUCCGACUGAUAGUUGUAGGUCUAGUUGAGGCCUUGCCAGAGGGCCAGCAUCUGGAUCCUUUUGUGGCCCAGAGCAUCUCCUUCCCAGACGGACACAAAAUCCUGCGUCCCUUGCCCAAGCUGCUGUUCGAUGACUCGCCAUGGGUCCCACGGGAGGAAGGGAUCCUGCUCUGCCAUUCCCAGAUCUCGCGAGAAGUUGCCAUUCGCUGUGGAAUUCCCACCACAAGGCACCGUAUGUUGUCACAGCAGCAAAUUCAGGGCCUCUCCCGGUGGGCCAGUAAUUUUGGAGCCAGAGAGGACCUCAGCACCCGGUUAGCCAACAUCCUCCGUGAGUACUCCUCCUCGCGGGACGUGCUGAAGGAACUUCUGCAGAAUGCGGACGAUGCCGGUGCAAGCGUCGUACACUUUCUCUGGGACCAACGUCGCCACCCAACACAUCGUGUCUUUGGUGAUGAAUGGAAAGAUCUCCAAGGCCCAGCCCUCUGCGUCUACAAUGACCGCCCCUUUGAAAUGUGUGAUAUAGAAGGGAUCCAGCGUUUGGGCUCUGGUGGGAAAGGUGGGCGACGGGAUACUACUGGCAAAUAUGGUCUAGGGUUCAACACAGUUUACCACUUGACCGACUGCCCCGCCUUUGUGACAGGCAACAGCGCCCUGUGCGUGUUUGACCCCACCUUACGCUACCUGUCUGUUUCUAAUGCAACCAACCCUGGAGGAAUGUUCAGCCUCACUGGAGAUUUCAAGGAUAACUUCCCUGAUGUUUAUAACACCUUCUUGCCUGAAUUGUUUGAUCUGGAACAUAGUACAGUUUUCCGAUUACCCUUGCGUACCCCUGAAGGGGCAGCAGCCUCCCCUAUCUGCCAGCAUUCUGUGUCGGAGGAUGAUAUGCUAAGUAUGUUGCGGGCUCUCGAGGAAGAGGCAGACUGCUUCAUGAUGUUCCUCAACCAUGUUCACUGCGUGGCUUUCUCCGUGAUCGAGGAGAAUGAGAAAACACCCAGAGAAGUGCUCAGGGUGACGGCUGAAGGCGGGGAGCCUGAAAGACUGGAAUACCAGAAAAAGUUCCACCAAGCCGCCACAGCCGGCGGGAGAGAUGCCGGCGAGCCAGUAAGGGUCUUUUAUAGAAUGAAGGUGAAGAAUAACUUGCAUGAGACUCCCAGAGAAUGGCUAAUCGGCAGACAGAUUGGAGUAGAGGGCGUGGACGCUGUGGAAGGCACGCAUUUCCCAUAUGGUGGCGUGGCUGCUUGUCUUGAUGGGCAAACAACCGGCAGGAGCUUCUGCACGCUGCCGCUGCCAGCAAAAACAGGCCUCCCCGUCCACAUCAACGGGAACUUCGAGGUAGAUUCUGCUCGGCGGGACUUGCGGAAGGAUGACAACAAGGACAGCCCUGAGAUGGAAUGGAAUAGCUUUCUGCUGCAGAGCCUCAUAGCUCCUUUGUAUCUCCACCUACUGGAGGAGCUGUGCAAGGUGGUGGGAAAUCCACCGCUGCAGGCGUUCUCCCUGGAAGCAUGGCUGCCACUGUUAGAUUCAGAGUUUUUAAGGCAUUUCCCGCUUGUGACCGAUCAUGUCCCCCCGUUCUGGCAUCAGCUAGUGAACUGUGUCUACGUGCUGGCAUCUGAGAAGCAGCUUCCACUAUUGCCAGUCUACCAGAAGAAGACCAAGUCCAUACAUAAGUAUAAACAAGAGGUGGUGAGUAUAUCCUGGAGCGCACCCCGACGAGGACACUUGACCAAAGAUCCCUAUUUCCUGGAGGUUAAGCCAAAUGACUCUCUUGAAGGUGCUCUCCAGAAUCUGGGCAUGCUCUUAGUGCCUGCCUUCCAGCGUCUAUGGGAAAUCCAUGACCAGUUUGUCAAGGCCGGAGUUGACAUUCUAACCCUGGAUUCGUCGUCCCUCUGCAGCUUUCUCAAGAGUUUGCCUGCCUUGGGCCUGCCACGUCCACUAAACCAAACACCUAUGAAGAACAGUUCGAAGUGCUCUUCUCUUCUCAACUUUUGCCUUAACGGGUUGUGCUCUGAGGAUAUCAGACGCAUGGAAGAUCUUCCUUUACUGGUAACCCGGGAUGGUAUGCUCCGGCAUUUCAGUCUGCAAGAUCCUGUCUACCAGGGUAGUACUUUUGAACUUUUCCCACGCCAUCAGGAUCGUUUCUCUGCCUGUAUCAUUGACCGCCUGGAGGCCAAGCAACUGUUGCUAGAGGCUGGGUUUGUGAAAGAGUUCACUCUCAGCGAAUCUGCUGUUUACAUCCAGGAGAGGCUGAGACUGAAAGACUGGGGCACUGAUGGUAACAAACUUGACUGGCUACGUAAAGUGUGGGGUUUUUUUGAAAAGCAAAUCUGUGCAUCUUCCGAACAGGACAAGAGGAACCAGCUGUUUCAAGAGCUGGUCUCUCUCUUCAAAGGCUGGCCCAUCCUUCCUGUGCGUGGCUGUGGUCCGGACUUGAUUUCCCUUGACUCCCUAAGCCCGGUUAUAUACUCUCACGAUGGAAGUGUUGCUGAAGUGCUCUGCAAGCUGGGCUUUGCCGAACUGAACACUUCUCUUCUGCCUUCAGAGCUCACGAUACACUGCAUCAAGCCACAGCUGCUUCAGACAAACGACCCUGCCGCAGUGCUGACCCAGUUGGCUGCCCAGCCCAGCCUGAAUUGGCAUCAGCUUCGACAGUGGGAAUUUCAACAACUCUUGAGGUUCCUGAGCACAGAUCUGCCGAAGUUAAAGGGUGACCGUGGGUUACUCAACAAGCUGAAGGCCCUGCCGAUAUUUGAGACUCAUCAGGGGCAGCACGUGUCACUGGCUCGGUACCAGAAUGUCUACUUGCUGAAGUCCAUUUUCACAGAGAUGUCCAGGAAUUUCAGGAAGCUUUAUAAGGCAGAUAAAGGGUUGAUAUUGCUUAAGGACAACGAACUGAACAGACAAGUGAGCAAGUGCUUGGAUAUUGACAUAAUAAACGAGCUGCAGCAGUUUGUGAAAUUCCUCUUGCCUUGUUUGCCGCUUCUCCCAGAGGCCCUCCUGCUGGAGGCAGUGCAGUUACUCCUCCUCCUCAAGACAUACUAUCUAGAGUACGAGGAUCAUAAGAAGACUGUGAUAUCAAACUUCCAGCCCAUUGCCUUCAUCCGGGACAAGCAAAAUGUGUUGCGUCCUGCGUCCUACUUUUAUGACAGCAGCGUGGAGCUUUUUCAGAAGAUGGGGCUGGAGUCCCGAUUUGUGCCAGACAGCUUCUACCAGAUCGUGUGCACAGGCAACAGAUCAGAAGUGGUUGGAUUCUUAAAGGACAUAGGCCUGCAGCAUGAGGCAACGGAGGAGGAUUUCCUACGGUUUGCAGUCCAGAUUGAGAAAGAGGCAUUGAAGUUUGGUGCUAUGUCCGGUGAGCUUCCUGUCCAACGAAAAGCACUUCUGUCGCACCUGCUUCAGAAGACAAGUGAGUCUUUAACAGGUGCCUUCUUGGAUCAGCUGUCCAAGGUACGUUUCUUGGCACCUCGGCCCAUUCGUGCCGAUCUGUGCAACCUCCGCUCACCAUUCGUCUCUAAGAACGCUGCAGUGGCACCCCGAGAUUCUUUAUGUACUCGGGGGAAAACUGAACUAGCUUGGACAUCAGCAGUGUUUCUGGAUCACUUUGAAAUAUUAUUAGACGAAAACAAAAAGGCCAUUCUGGCACGCCUAAGGGUACAAUGUGCCUUAUCAGCCCAGUUAGUCAUGACAAAUUUGAGCAAUGUAUGUCAGGCAGAAUGCAAUACUCCGAAAACCAAGGAAACUCGAGCAGAUGUCAUCCAACUGAUGUAUGAUUACUUGUUGAAACAGGAGACUAUAAACACUAGAUAUGUCAGCGGACGCCCUGUGGUGCUGGUAGAUGAUGAUGAAGUAGCAGAAGCCCAACACGUGGUGGUGUGUCUGAACAACUGGGGCGAACUCCGACCGUACCUCUACAGGUUGCUCCCAGAGCUAGCUCCCUACCGCAAACUUCUGGAGAAAUUUGGGGUGCAAGUUGAACCCACCGUCCGUCACUAUGCCAGUGUCUUGGCCAGGAUCCACCACGAGACCACGCAGAAGUGCAAACUGCAACCCAACCUCAUUAAAACAAUACAACGCACCACUCGGUGCUUCUUCCGUCUUCUCGCUGAAGCAAAAGAACCAGUGGACUUCUCAGGCUUGAAGGAACUUUAUCUGCCUUGCACUGAUGGGAAGCUUUACCUAUCUAAUACCGUAGUCUUUAACGAUUGCGCUACUGGCGCAAUCCUCCAGGCCUUGCAUGCUGAAUUUCACUUCCUAGAGGAUUUAUUUAGCCACUACUGGUCAUUUGAGACCUAUAACCUCAGAAACCUAUUGCUUCUGCUGCCAGAAGUCCUGCAACCCAAGAGGCUGUCGGACAUCACCAGAGAGCAACUGGAUGAGUCAUCUCUAGAAUUCUGCCCCUAUGGAGUUCAUUGCGAAUUCCAGUCCCGCUUUAAAGAACUUCUGGUUGCUCCUGAGUUCCAGGACGCCCUUGUUGCGCUGCUAAGGUGGCAGAAAACAACCAAGGAAGCGGCUAAGGAGGAAGAGGCUGACAGGAUACACGCUGGACUCUUCUCACUGGAUCAGUUGGAGGUCAUUUGCUGUGAGGUGCUGCGCACUGUGAUGGUUCACAAGUCACAGAGUUUAGCGGGAAGCCAAGAGGACAAGACAGUGUAUGUUACAGCAAUGCCAGAUGGGAAGCAGCACAUUUAUCUUUUGCACCAGGAGAGUUUGCAUGAUCGAAAGGCUGUGAAGAUCUCUGGCAUCUUGGCUGAUGAAGUGAACAAGCUCCUUGGAAAGAGGCUUGGCGUGCUUGCCGUGUGUGUCCUUAGAGAGCUUCUGGCUUGCCAAGGCCCAGAAGAAAUGGCUGAAGUGAUGAAUGAAUACAGAGUGCCCCUCCAGCAGCGCACUCUCAGAGAUGCCUUCGCUCUUCCUGAUCCUGGGGAGGAGAUACCUGAAGAGUGGCAUGAUAGCCUGGACAUGAGCAUCCUGCAUUCUUUCAUGCCAGGAGAUUACGUCGGUUUCUUGGACCCUUCAGUGCAAGGUGAGCAUUAUAUCUAUGCUGUGGUCUUGGAGGCCCUGGAGCCACAGCAGAGUGGAGCUGGACAGGUGCACAUGUACCGUGUGGAUGUGGGCGGUGGGCAGCAAUUAGAGGUCAGCGCUUAUGAUCUGUACCGCUUCCGGCGGAGCACGCCGGCGUCUGACUCGAGCCAAGCUGUGGUAUUGCGACGGAGUUCCCCCAAAGGUGCUGCCACAGUGGAUCUAAAUGAUGGCAAUUGGUACCAGCAGCCGCUGAGCGAAGUGAAGCAAAAGGUAGAUGCCUGCCUAGCUGAGAUUUGGAGUCUGUCGGAGGAAGAGAGGAAGAAGGCCAUGCGAAGGCUCUAUCUGUGCUACCACCCAGAUAAAAACCUGGGUCAGGAGGAUUUGGCCAGUGAAAUCUUCAAGUACCUUAAAGGGAAAAUCGAAGAGAUGCAGAACAAGAGCAAGCCCCAGAGUUGCAGUAGCAGGGGGCCUGGAAGCAGCGGUUCCUUCAAUAGAAGCAGCUGGAACUUCUCAAACGAUUGGACUGAAUGGGACCGGCAAGCUCAUCGACACCAAGAGAAGCGCCAGGAAUUCACCAGGCAAAAAGAGAGCGGAAGAGGCAGAGGCAGCUUCACAUACAACUUCUGGUCUUUCCACAAGCCUGGAACGAAAGGGUGUCAAUCAAAGUGCUCUGGCAUGGAGGAGGCAAGGCGCUGGCUUCGGCAGGCAGAGUACGACUUGCGGGCAGCAGCCAACGAGGUGUGCAACAGCAGCACGGAAUGGCUACUUUACAAAACUUACCGCGCGGUGGAGAAGGCCCUCGCAGCGGUUGAGUACAAGCAAGGCGGGCAUUUUGACAGCAAUCUGUCAGUCACAAUGCUGGCUGCUAAGGUGGCAGCCUACGGACCAAAACUGGCUGUGAUUCGUGACCAAGUGUCCAAACUCCGCCAGCACGGCAUGGACGACAAGACAACGCAGUAUCCUAAAUACCACUUGCCACCUACCAUUCCCAAUGAGGCCUUCCACACAUGUAAAGAACCGGAGGUGCUGCUGUUAGGGCAGGAGGUUCUAGACACAGUAAGGAGGUGGCUUGGCCAGAGUUGAAAGUCUGAGGGUUUUUAAAUGCCUAUUGUGCAUUCUAGUUUCUGUAACCUAUAAAGGAAACCUUGGGAUCAGUUCUUAAAAUGCAAAGCGGGUAGCGGGAAGAAAAUACGGUUAGUGUUUUGUCACACAGCUGGUUGAUUUGGGGCUCUAAGCGAGAGAGCAUUUGUAUUGUAUUGUAUUGUAUUAUUUGAUUUGUAUACUGCCCUCCCCCGAAGGGCUCAGGGCGGUGAACAACAACAGCAAACAUCAGUAACCAUAACAUCAGGCAACAAAACAUUCAAUAAACAUAGGAUCAAUAAACCCAACAUUAUAAACAUAGAAUUAUAUUGUAUGCUAUAUUUAACAGUAACUGUUUUGUUGUACUUUUGACCUUUUUGUUUUUAAAUAAAUUUG